AUGCCAACCCAGCUGCAGAGGCCUCUCGCGCGCCUGCUCGCGCUGGCGCUACUCGUGCUACUUGCCCGCGCCGCCGAGGACGAGCCACCGUUCUGCGCCGUGCGCAACCGCUCGACUGGCAGCUACAUCGACCUCUCGCCGCUCGCCAGCAACGUCUCAGGCACGCCGCCCAACUGGCUCGUGCGCGGAUGGCAGUACGGCGCCAACUUCACGCUCGGCGUGUGCACGUCGCCGCUUGGCGACGGCCCCGCCGCCUACUACUCCGACACCGGCCGCCGCGUGUCCAUCGGCCGCGUCGCCACCACGCCGCGCUACACCGGCAAGAAGCUCACACUCACGUACGAGGGCGGCGACCUGUGCCCGAACCGCGUGGACCGCAAGUCGUCGCUGCUCUACUUCGUGUGCGACCGCGACAUACACACCAUCGCGCAGGUCAGCCUGCUGGGUGUGCUGCACAACUGCUCCUACCUCUUCGAGGUUCGCAGCGUGCACGCCUGCGCCGCCGCGCGCGCCGCAGGCGACCGCAGCGUGCUCGGCAUCUUCGCCGCCAUCCUGCUGGUUUUUGCCGCCGUCGAGCUCGCGCGCCGCUGCUGCGCCGCGCCCCUGCGUCGCCGCUUCCGCCCCGACUUCCCCGCAGACCGCCCGCGCUGGGCCCCGGCGCCCACGGGUUGGGCGGCCCGCACUCGUGCCUUCUUCGCACGGGCCGCCGAACCCCGCCAGGCCAUCAAGCUUGCCUCGUCCCCGCCGGGUCACCCGGCCAGCGACAUGGAGGCCCAGAAUACCCUCCUUGACAGUCUUGACGUGCGCAGCUCAGGGGCAUGA